AUGGACAGAGCGCAAGGCCGACACCCAAGGGACCUCAAGGGAAUUUUGGGGAGCAUGUCGAGGAUUAAGGAGUUCCUCAAGUAUGUGGGGAGGACUGAGAGACUCAAGGCGUCGUUAGGCGACACAAUAGGCGAGCUCAGUCGAGGAGCAAGGACAUCAGAUGCACAGUCAAUGCCCAGUCGACGGGUUCGCCCUCAAAAAACUCCACCUUUUCUAUACCCGCAUCUCAGCUUGCGGACAUCAAGCACACUGAACCAUAUUUCGCUAGGAAAACACGCUACAUGGACACUUAAGCAAACAGCAACACGACUCAAAACAAUUUCAUUUCCUGAACGCGCUCGUCCCGUUAAGCUGUACCUAUUGCAUUGCGAUCGGGUACUUGGAAGAAGAAACGUGCUACGGACAGACUGCAUUGAUAAGCGGAGAGACGAGACUACCCCGCUUACCAUAGAGAUGGGUUCCCAAACGGCGUUUUCGUGCCGGGCUGUGUGGGGGAUUGGUCGCCACGGGCGUGCCUUCACCAGUGCAGGGGACAGUCACAGGGGUCAGGAAUAUGGCAUUAGGGGCCUUAGGUAG